AUGACAGGCAAAAGAGGAGGAAACUCUGCUGGAGGACAGGAUGCACUUGGAAGCAUUGACCUCACCGAAGAGCCGUACUCUGAUAAACACGGCCGCUGUGGUAUUCCUCAGCUCUUAGUACAGAGGUACUCUGAGGACUUUCAGCAGCCAGUGAAGGACGUUGCGUCCAGUCUGGAUCAGAUCAGAGUUAAACAGCUCCGUAAGGAGCACCGCAUGGCUAUUCCCUCAGGAGGUUUGACUGACAUGUGUCGGAAGCCAGUGUCUCCUGUUCACGUGAGCUCUGUGUCUGAUUGGCUUGUGUCGAUUGGGAUGCCCAUGUAUUCUGCCCCUCUACUGGCUGCAGGCUUUGGAACGCUGGAUCAUGUGUCGUCCUUAAACGAGGCGAAAGCAAGGGAAGCGGGCUUGAAGGAGGACCAUCACAUACGUAUUCUUCUCAGUGAAGCCCAGCUAGUCACAGCCAGCUACUCAGGACAGUCAUAAUACUAACAUGAGCUGUAAAAAAAGCUCUAAAUGGAUCAAAUUUAGCUGGUGAAGACACAGACUUGGAAAACAGCUACCGAAUUUUCUCCCACCUUUCAGUCUUAUAAUCUCACCUUUUUGGCGUUUUCAGAAAUGACUGCUCUGGCUUCCAAGGACUGUUAUUGUGGGCCUAUCAACAGAUGUUUCCAUAGAAACAUCUAGCUUUGGCCUGAAGCAUCCGCCUGUCGAAAGAAAGCACACUUUUUUGUAUGAAUUUAAAGACUGUUCUGAAACCCCUUUUCAGGAAGUGUGAGAUUUAUUUAGAAAAAAAUAAAAACUGUAAAGGAAAUGUUUUUAGUGCUUAUUGAAGCACAUUGAGUAUCAAAAGUAAGUCACCUGGCCAAAGCAAUGUCAUUUCAUGCAGGUUUGUUAAUAUAAUAUACUUUAUCUCUAAAAGCAUACAGUAUGUAUAUGAAAAGAUGUGUACUCUUGGGUGAGUCAUUCCCAAAAGCACGAUGUUGCCAUAUGGGGAUAUUCAGAGCAAUGCACAUAUUGAUUUUAGGCCAAUAGUUGGUCACGGUUUUAGCAAAUAUGUACUAUGUUUGUACAAAAAAAAAAAAAAAGUUUGUUUCAUGUGUUUCUUUCUUCAAGGUUACUUUUAGCAUCACUCCUUAUAAUCCGCUUAAUAUAAUACUGUAUAUUUGCAACACAUUUAAUCUUCCCAGUCUUUUAAACACACAAUAUUCAACAUGCAUCACUUACUCGGCUGUUGCGGCAUAUCAAAGUCUAUUACUGUAUCAGUUGUAUCAAUUUAUGUCGCCUGUCAUCUUGAAAAUGAUACUCCUGCAUAUCGUGUACCUCUUAUCGUACUCCGCUCUGAUGCCAGCGAUGCAUCACACAGCUGUAAUAUGCCUGCUGGAGUGAAAUGUGUACAGGUGUUUAUUUGGGUUUUAUUUUUAUUUUGUUUCAGAUUGCCUUGCCCUUAGACUAGGGUGUUGAAGACAUUUUGAAUCGUAGAAAAAGCACACGGUCUUAGCCUUAAAACACAAGAAAAUCAAAACUGAUAGUGACUAACUUAGAGGAGUGUUCUGACACUAGUUACAUUUGCAGACUGGUGCUUUACCCAGGAGAUAAAAGUGUUCAAAAUUGGGAAAAUGAAAUAUCCAGUGAAGCAUUAUUUAUUUUUGGCAUUCAGAACACAAUGUGUUUCAGGAGGAAUGAGGUGUUAUGGACUUAAAGUUGCUUACACGCGUCUGGUGAUUCUCUCACAGAUGCGUGUAAAGGCCGACAGCAUCUGGCUCCUAAAUGAAAACGGAGCGUGAAAUGAAACAUUAGCUGACGUCUGUUAUGCAUAACGCCAUCACUGCUCACAGAUUUAAACCAUCACAUCACUCCAAAUGAAGCACAAUGAAGCAAGUUUCUCCCACAAUCACUCUCAGGCUGUUUUUGAUUGAGCAGCUGAGGUGAAAACUCAACUCAUUUCAGUGCAAUGCUUCUGCAAAUCCUUUGGUUUUCCAUUUACAAAAAGACACCAGCCAUGUUUCCCUAAGGCCUUGCGGUUUUAGGAAAUGGUGUUUUUGAAAGUAAGCUUUAGAAUUGUUUUUGUCCCUCAUGCCAUUCACUCUUUUGUAUCUAACGCAGCACAAUUUAUAGGCAGUAAUGCUCAAGGUUUUAAUGAACGUUGUAAGCAGCAGAGAAUCGAUAAAUCCCAUUUUUUACUAUCAGUUGAGUGCUUUGAUAACAAUGAGGCUUUUUAUGUGAUUAAAAUCGAAAAUAUAUUUCAUGAAAUGUUACUGUAAAAAUGCACUUUAUUAAAGAAUGAAAGCUGGUUUUUGAAUUCCAUUGUGGAGAAAAUGAGAUUACAAAUUGACACAUUUACAGUUUUUUAAAGAAGUUUGUUUUCAGGUCAGAUGUUGAUGGUUGAGGAGAGCUGUUUAAAUAUCCAAUCUCUGUUCAAAAAAUAAUUAUAAUCACUUGUUAAUUAAUUACAGAACUAACAAUGACCAGUUUAUAAUUUCAACUUAAAUGAUAUAAAACUGGGUCUUAAUUACAUAUAUGAAAUGAUUAACUGAGGUUGCACAUUCUGUGUAUGUAAUCGAUAUUUAAAUAACUUAUUUUGCUUUUACAUCAAAUGUAAUUAUUAGCUGUAUUAUAAAUCAUAGAGCAAUACUCUUUCACCUAUAGUUAGCAUGCUCCAGUGACCAUUGUAAAAUAAAUGUAUAAAAAUGAUUUUAUCUGGUUUCAGUUCGCUAAUGAUUGUCUAUAAAGGUUUGCUUGUGUAUUUACAAACAAAAAUGUCUUAAAAUAUUUGUCCCUUUGAGGUGUAAUAAAAAAAGAAUAUCAUACACUGA